AUGGAAACCUCCACCAUAGCUUCUAUUAUUGACAUUUGUGCUCUUGAUAAAAUGCAAAGAUGCAGAAACUUGUCAUUGGCAUUUUUGUGUAUCGUUUUGGCAGGCUUACCAGUGGCACAAUCAGCGUCGGAUGCAGCUAACAAAGGAGUUUAUAAAGUCCUCAAAAACAAUGUGCCGUGCAUAAUACUACAAGCGGAUAUCUACUUAUACCUUACAUAUCAAACUAGUGACAGUGAGAAAGACGUAGUUGUACAUGUCCCAACGUCCUCCACCGCUGAUGCUGGUUACUCAACAUGCGAUGCCACCAUAACCACAUCAGGAAUGUCAAUCAGCUCCCAACUACUCAGGAUCAACUUGUAUCAUAUGACCGGAUGGACGAUUGACCUAGCAUUCACAAAAGACAACCGACUCAAAACAGAAGGAGAAAAGGAGUUCACACUGUUUCAAGUAAAUGUCACUGCUAAUUUUGCAUCAGACCCGAGUUCAUUCCCUGAUCCAAAAUAUCCAACUCAACAAUACUACCUGCAUGUCGAUCCAAAUGACCUCUCGGAUCUUGGAGGUUCAGUGUAUGCAGAUAUCGGAAACUCUUAUUAUUGUCCGAGUGAACAGAAGUAUGCAAUCAAUGAUAAUGAUAAAUAUGGGCCGAUGGCAUACAUCAAAUUCAAGCUGACAACAGUACAAGCCUACAUGACUAGUGCUACAUUCGGGCCAAAAACAACUUGUCCUUCGGAUCAAAGUGGAACGGACUUAGUGCCAAUCAUUGUUGGUUCCGCGUUAGCCGGUUUGAUUGUGCUAACGUUAGUAGUUUAUUUGAUCUAUCGAACAUUCCUCCCUGAAGAAGUUCUCAACUUGGUCAACCCGGAGUCUCAUUUUGACAGUGACAGCGCCGGCGGAUAUGACAAUGACAAAGAUAUGGUUCUCGAGCGAUUCUAA